AUGGUCCGCAGGGCUCGCCUCCUUGAGGCACAGCUAUGCAAGGACUGGAUGCUGUCAGGUUCCAGUGGGAUGGUAGGCGGUGUCCAGAUCACAGACACCAGGGACUUCCUGUUAGGGGGCAAUAAAAGGACAACAAAAGAAGGAUUCAGUGAUUUGAGUUUCCAGAACCUCUCUCUGCUAAAAAAUAGGUCAUGGCUGCGCCUCAGCGGUACCAAAGGACGGUGUCGGGCGGUUCUCGAACCUCUUCCAGAUCACAGAAGGAACUUGGCUGCCGUCCUGGAUGAAGGGAAACGCCACAGUGACGACGACGACGACAAUGACUAUGAAGACCCUGAGGUCCAGCUGCCAAAGGCGUGGCCGUCGAUGAAGAUUUUACCAGCCAGACCUAUACAGGAGUCAGAAUAUGCAGAUACACGCUAUUUCAAGGAUAUGAUGGAGGCCCCCCUUUUGUUACCUCCCAAGGCUCCUGCCCCCUCUGGGAAGCCAUCCUGGAAUGCAGGGAUGAGGCGACAGGAAGAGGUCUUUUUCAGGGACAAGCCCAUCUCUAAGGAUGUCAGAAGCCAGCGCUUUAAAGGGUUGAAAUGCACAGAGGAGAACAAGACUCCUGUGCCGCCUCCACGGCCCACCAUCACCCUCCCCAAGAAGUAUCAGCCCUUGCCUCCAGCACCACCAGAGAUCAGUGCACACUUCUCUCUGAGACAUGGCUUUCAAGAUGUUCAGAGGGGGCUCAGGCAGAUCAGCUCUAAAGACGUCUGUGAGGUCCCUGGAACAGAAGAAGGAUCUUAUCACCAGGAAAAGCCAGGACCUUCUCAUCCAUCACAAAACCAAACCACAGGGAAGAGUCCACCUGCCAUCGCCAGCUCUUCUUACAUGCCGGCGAAGCACAGUGUACAUGUCAGAGGCCAUACAGACACCAUGCAACGCUGUCUGCCUCAGAGAUGCCAAACUGCAGUCAGGCACGGCCCUCAUGAUCAAGUGUUGCCCUAUGAAAACACAAACACAGGAAAACCUGUCCCCACCAAGCCUGAUGCAAAGGAUGUCCAGAAGAAUGAAUGGUACAUUGGAGAAUACAGUCGCCAGGCAGUAGAAGAGGCACUAAUGAAGGAGAAGAAGGAUGGUACCUUCUUGGUCCGAGAUUGUUCCACAAAAUCCAAGGCAGAGCCCUAUGUCUUGGUGGUGUUUUAUGGGAACAAAGUCUACAAUGUAAAAAUUCGCUUUCUGGAGAGCAGUCAGCAGUUCGCCCUGGGGACAGGACUCCGAGGAAAUGAGAUGUUUGGUUCUGUGGAAGACAUCAUCGAAUACUACAAGCAUUUCCCCAUUAAACUAAUUGAUGGGAAAGACAAGGCCGGUGUGCACAGGGAACAGUGCUACCUCACCCAGCCCCUGCCUCUCGGCAGGCUCCCGCUGGCUCCGCACUCCAGCCAGGCACCUCACGACUAAGCAGCCUAGGCAGGUAUUUCCACAUCAGCAGCCUGGACCUUGUCUCAUCCUCAGCUCAAAGGAUUCAGCGCUUCUACCAUCUGCAUUCAUCUCAAAUUAUAU